AGAUAACAAGAGAAAAUCUUGCUCAAAAUCCAAAUAAAGUCAAUACAAAUAUUGCGAUCUAACCACUACUCACUACUGUAUCCAAUUAAGUCCAUCUUUGAUUCUAUUUUAAUUUUAUCUGCAUUCUUUUACUUUGCUUCUUCUCAUUACUCUUUUCCCCAAUUCUUCUUCUUCUUCUUCUCCCCUUUUUAAAGCUUUACACUUUCUGUCAUUUUGUAUCCAAAACAAGAAAAAGGAGACCCUUGAUCCGUUAGCAAGUUUGAAAUGCCCACCACCUGUUUGCUAAAAGGACAUGACAUAAUUGCUGUCUGCUUUUGUUGCUUCGUUUGCAAGUGAUCGACUUUGACGGGUACUGAAAUCUCACUCUCUUCUUGUAGGGUUUCUUUUCUUUCACUUUGUUGUGGGUCUGGUUCGAGAAUCAAUUAAAGAGUUUCCUUUCGUUUACUUGGAGAUUUUAAAUCAUUAAAGACUCUCAUGUGAGUCAUUGAGUGUUCUUUCGUUUGCUUCAUUUACAAGCUUUUCCUUUAAUCUUCUUCUCCUAUUUUCCUUUUUUUUUAUCACUUUGAGGUUUUGGGAUUUGGGUUCUGCUUAUCUCUCUCUCUCCUUGUGCAUUUCACCAUUCUCGUUGCGAACCAGUAGGUUUUUACAGCUUGAUCUUCUUCCACAUUUGAUCAAUUUCAUGGCGGUUGUGUAGGAGACCUGACUUUGUUUUUUCCGCCAAUGAAUUCUAUCAGUUGGGCAUUGUUAGCUUUUCUGAUUUGUUCAUCUUUGGGUAUCGAAACCCUAACCCAAACAUGCCAUCCGGUUGAUUUGUUAGCUCUGAAGGACUUCGCCGGAAGUUUCAUUAACGCUUCCAUACUUACAUCUUGGUCGAAUGAUUCCAUUUGCUGCCAUUGGGACGGCGUCGUUUGUGAGGAUGACGCCAAAAAUCUUUCAAAAACCCUAAACAGGGUCACCAUGCUGAGCUUGUCUGCAAAAGGUUUAAAGGGCGAAAUUCCCAAUUCUCUACCUCGUUUGGAAAAAUUAAGAUCUCUCGAUCUAUCGUUUAAUCAAUUACAAGGCGAAUUCCCCAAAAAUCUCUCCAAUUUGAUGGAUCUCGAAGUUCUAAACGUCUCAAGCAAUUCAUUAACCGGGGACCUGUUCGACAUUGGUAAAUUCCCACAUCUCAUAGCAUUAAAUCUCAGCAACAACUCUUUCGCCGGUGAAAUUUCUCCACAAAUUUGUACUUCCUCUACGAACCUUCAGAUUCUCGAUCUAUCAAUGAAUCAUUUCACCGGAAACCUAGAAGGCUUGAGCAACUGUCACAAAUCUCUUCGAGAACUGCUUGUGGAUUCCAAUUCGUUUUCCGGCGACCUCCCGGAGUUUAUAUACUCAAUGUCAUCCUUAAAGCUGCUACAUCUUUCUUCCAACAACUUCUCCGGUCAGAUAACCACAAAUCUCAGUAAGCUUUCCAACCUCGAAUCACUACUUUUAUCCGGGAACCGGUUUUCAGGUCCAUUUCCCAAUGUCUUCAAAAACAUGACACGUUUAGAACAGCUGAACGCACAUUCGAAUUCCUUCACAGGGCCAUUACCUUCUACCAUAGAAUCAUGUUCCAAUUUACAGAUUCUCGAUCUCCGUAACAAUUCAUUUUCCGGCGACCUAAGUUUAAAUUUCUCAAAAUUAUCCAACCUUUGCACUCUUGAUCUUGGUAGCAAUCGUUUUCAUGGUCUCUUACCAAUCUCACUUUCCAAUUGUCAUGAAUUGAGAAUCCUGAAUCUGGCCAAGAACGCAUUAUAUGGUGAAAUUCCGAUUCCAUACAUGAACCUUUCAAACCUCUCAUUCCUCUCCUUUUCAAACAACGGAAUCACCAAUUUACCUCGCGCUUUAUCUGUUCUACAACAAUGCAAGAAUCUCACCACUUUGAUUCUGACAAAAAACUUUCAAGGUGAAGAACUUCCACGAUUUGUAAAUGGGUUUGACAGAUUAAUGGUUCUUGCAAUUGCAAAUUGUGCCCUCAAAGGCCAAAUCCCACCAUGGUUAGUAAACUGUCCAAAACUUGAAGUUCUUGAUUUGUCCUGGAAUCAGUUGACUGGAGUCAUCCCUUCUUGGAUUGGUCAAAUGGAAAGACUCUUUUACUUGGAUUUUUCAAACAAUUCAUUAACGGGUGAACUUCCGAAAAGUUUAACAGAUUUAAAGUGUCUCGUGUCUUCAAACAUAAGUUCUUCAAUUCUCACUUCAUCAACCGGGAUUCCAUUAUAUGUGAAGAAGAAUCAAACUGGAAAAGGUCUUCAAUACAAUCAAGUUGCAAGCUUUCCUCCAUCAAUCUAUCUCAGCAACAAUAACAUAAACGGGACGAUUUUACCCCAAGUUGGAAGAUUAAUACAGCUUCAUGUAUUGGAUUUGAGCAAGAACAACUUAACCGGGACAAUUCCCGACACGAUUUCCGAAAUGGGAAACUUAGAAGUUCUUGAUUUGUCAUCAAACAAUCUUCAUGGAACAAUUCCAGCCUCUUUAAACAAGCUUUCAUUUCUUUCAAUGUUCUGUGUAGCUUAUAAUCACUUACAAGGUGCGAUUCCGACCGGAACCCAGUUUUCCGGUUUCCCAAAUUCAAGUUUCGAAGGGAAUCCCGGUCUCUGCGGGCAAGUCCUGUCUCCUUGCAGUGUAAACGGAAUUCCAUCCGUCAAUUCCGAUUCCGGUAGAAAACUCGGACGGAAUGGUAUCGUCGGAAUCACACUCGGAAUCGGAGCCGGAAUCGCAAUCGUGUUAGCAUUCAUUCUUCUCAAAAUGUCAAGAAAGAGACACGGCGAUUGGAUUCCGGAGUUGGAGGAGAAUAACAGUAGGAGGAAUGGAAAUGGAAUCUCGGGUGUGUUUACAUCUUCGAAACUAGUUCUAUUCCCGAGUUUUAAUUGUAGAGAGCUCUCGGUUUCCGAUGUAGUGGAAUCAACGAAUAAUUUCAGUCAAUCGAAUAUAAUCGGAUGCGGUGGAUUCGGGCUUGUGUACAAAGCCGACCUUCCAAACGGUUCAAAAGCCGCAAUCAAACGCCUUUCCGGCGAUUGCGGUCAAAUGGAACGCGAAUUCCAUUCCGAAGUCGAAGCCCUCUCAAGAGCCCAACACAAGAAUCUCGUAUCCCUAAAAGGGUAUUGCAAACACGGAAACGAUCGACUCUUGAUAUACUCCUACAUGGAAAACGGAAGCCUAGAUUACUGGCUACACGAAAGGGUAGAACAGGAAUUACCAUUAAAAUGGCGAGUUAGGUUAAAGAUAGCAAAAGGGGCAGCAAAGGGAUUAUCAUAUCUCCAUAACGAUGUGAAAAUUAUCCAUCGGGAUAUUAAAACUAGCAAUAUUCUCUUGGAUGAAAAGUUUAAAGCCCAUUUAGCUGAUUUUGGAUUGUCAAGACUAUUAUGCCCUUAUGAUACUCAUGUGACAACCGAUUUGGUAGGGACAUUAGGGUACAUUCCACCUGAAUAUGGACAGACACUUUCCGCGACUUUUAAGGGCGAUGUUUAUAGUUUUGGGGUUGUGCUUUUGGAACUUAUUACAGCUAGAAGACCCGUUGAAGUUGGAAAGGGGAAGAAUUGUAGGGAUCUUGUUUCGUGGGUGUUUCAGAUGAAACUUGAAGGGCGAUAUGGGGAGAUAUUUGAUGUGUCUGUAUGGGAUAAGAGCUGUGAGAAUCAGUUGUUGGAAGUGUUGGGGGUGGCUUGUAAGUGUCUGGAUCAAGAUCCAAGAAGGAGACCAGGUAUUGAGCAGGUUGUUUCAUGGCUUGAUGGGGUUGUAGAAACGAGGGCAUAACUAUGCCUCAUGUUUUUAAGUGGUAGGUGAAGGUGUCAAAUUGUAAAAAGUAAUAACUAUAGAAGUCCUUGAUAUAAGUUGUUAAGUUUAUUAUAGUUUUAUUUUGUUGUUGUUAUUCUCUUGUGUAAAGAGCAUGUUUUAAAGUAAAUGUUAGUGUUCUAA